AGCUAGUGUUACCCAACUUUUACAUAAACACGCAGCUCUCAUAAGCUUCAACUGCAGCAAAGUCUGGAAUUUGGGCUGAUCAGUACUCACUGUUCACAAGCACAGACUGCAGCCCAGUACCAAGAGCUUCUGGAAAAUCUUUUAAAGCCCUGUACAUUUUGCUGGUUUGGUUUUGCAAACAUGCUUCUGUUCCUUUACCUGGCCAUUAUCCUGGGCCUCUCUGCAUCUGGUAUUGUGAGAGGAGACGAGGAGGCUGAUUCCCACAGAGACAGCCCACUUCAAGACAUACGGAAAAAAGUGAAUGAUCUGUGGCAGAAUUUACUCUACCCACAGUUAAUCAGUAAGGAGACUGAGUGGACAGGUUAUGCCACUUGUGAAGUGAAGCCCAGCUCCAACCUAGAUGCUAACAAGCCACAGGUGACAGGCCAAGUUUUAUUCAGGCAGUCCUAUCCAAAUGGAAAACUAGAGGUUAUCUUUGACUUGGAUGGGUUUCCAUUACACAGCAACCAGUCUGGCAGAGCUAUUCACAUCCACGAGCUUGGAGACCUCAGCAAAGGCUGUGACUCUGCUGCAGGGCAUUAUAAUCCUUUCAAGGUGAACCACCCUCACCACCCAGGGGAUUUUGGCAACUUCUUGUCUAAAGGCGGCAAAAUUAGAAAAUACAAGGGAAAUCUGCUUGCCACACUGUUUGGCCCAUAUUCUAUCAUUGGGAGAUCGAUUGUGAUCCACGAGCAGGAAGAUGAUAUGGGCAAGGGUGGUAAUAAAGCCAGUUUGGAGAAUGGGAAUGCUGGCAGACGUCUAGCUUGCUGUGUCAUUGGGAUAUGCAACAAGAACUCAUGGGAGAAAAAUCUUCCUGACAUUACAGAGAGGAGGAAGAGGAGGAUAACAAAUGAGCACAAAACAACCAGGCCUAACUAAACAUCAACAUUUCAUCUAUUAUUGCCUAGGCAGCACAGAAUAGAUAUAGUUCAUGUAAUUGAUCACAGAGACAUGGGGAAGGUUUCCUUUUUCCUCUGGGUCUCUGUGCUUUGCUAAGAAAUGCAUAUUGCGUUGUAGAGCUUUUUCCCUUCUGUAAGCAGAUUAAUAAAAACCAGCAUCCACUCAA